AUGGACCGCUCCAACCGUGGUGAAACUCAAUAUCUUGAGGAUUUAGAAAGGGAUAUCAGUAAUGGAGAAGCACACGAGUUAUCCGUAGUCAAAUACCCAGCCAGCUCCUCUCCGAUGCUCUAUCCAUACGGCGCUUCCAUGAAGCUUUUCCGCUCGGUUCUCACCACAACGGUGCCACGCGAGCUGCAUGACUCAGACAAAUUGUCGACGAUUAGUGUCCACGAGCUUCUACUGCCACACAAGAAGAAUUUUCUCGAGUAUAUCAUAAUUAGGGAUCUCAUUCCCCUUGGUCGCCAUGGUGUCUGUAAGAACGCGGUGGUUCACCAUGGUUCACCAGCUGGGCUCUGCGGAAGAUACGAACAAAAUGAUGUAGAAGCUGACAGUACCCACCUUCUGACGUUGUCAUUCAUUGAAAUAACCGGUAGAGAGGGCGGCUACACAUACGGAAUUGUACGUGAACCUUCCGCCGUCAGCUGCCUAGUAGCUUGGACUCGUCAACGUGCAGCAGAAAUCAACAGGAUAGUUUAUUGUUCUUAA